AUGAGGAAUCCGGCUUGCAAAAAUAUCUACGGUAGGUGUUUUGAGUUCAAGACUUGGGAGGCCGGUGCGGCCGCAUUGGGCAAUAAACAAGCGUACAGCUGUGAAUGAUAAGAGUGGUGAACCCACAUUUUGCGGAGAAGACGAUUGUCCUGUUAGGUCGUCUCUAUUAUCACAAUCAACAUGCCCAUUGAUCCUCCCUCCAUGUUCUCACGACUUCUGUGAGAUAUUGCCGGAACCGAUUAGUGAGAUCUUGUGGAACACGAUUGAACCCGAAAGAGAACCACAACACUUGGCCGAAUUGAGGCAGGAACGUUAAGUCUCACCGACUUCAUCCUGAAUAAGGUAGUGUAGAAAUGUCUGCAAAAUCAAACGACAAACCAUUCCACUGCCCCGCAUGCUCUAGUCGUUUUACCCGACAGGAGAACCUGAACCGCCAUACAUCAUCAGUACAUCAGCGGUCAAAUUUGAGGCCAUUCCCAUGCCCACAGUGUGAAGUCAGCUUUUCUAGAAGCGAUUUGAGAAAACGUCACUUGAGAAAUUAUCAUGCGAAUACUGACCGCGCCAGUGAGACCAUCCAUGUCGCCAGUCAUGCCACACCGGCCGAUGGGUCACAAAGGGAAGCUAGCAACGCACACGAGGCCAACCGCUUGAAUGUCGCUUCAAACGGUGACGGUUCAACUCCUAUCUCACAAGUGUUUGCAUCGCAAGGCAUUUCCUGGCUUUUCAAACUUCCUCAGUUUGUCUCAGCCUACUUCGAUCGAUUUCAGACCACGUUCCCACUUUUACAUCAGCCAACUUUCGACGUGGACACGGCUCAAGAGCCGUUGAUACAGGCAAUCGUUUGCCUGGGCGCCAUUUACCAAGCCCAGGGCUCGAGCCAAGAGAUAAGCUCCACGUUGUUCUCUUCGGGCCUCAAGUCUCUAGACAUAUACGUUCGCGAGAGUCGGCGGGUCAGAUUCAGAGAGUUGUGGGUCAUGCAGGCCUAUCUACUCUUUGAAUACUACGCAUUCUACAGCUGCGACGAUGGCCGCUUCGCAACAGCUCUCAAAAUCCACAGGAAGCUUGUUGAUGCUGUACGGCAGUAUCAAAUGCUUCAAGACAGAGUAGCUCUUGGCGUGGACGAAGUCUCUAGCCCGAAUGAGCCUACAGUGUCUUCCUCUUCGACUGUCACCGAGCACGCCUGGCGAGUUGCUAUGUACAACGAGUCAAGAAAGCGCAUUGUGUAUUGUCUAUAUUACUUCGACGCUCAACUUUCAGUCUGUUGUAACAUACGUCCGCUGCUCGCAGCUCUAGAAUUGAAAUACGAACUUCCGUGUCAAGAUGACAUAUGGCAAGCAUCCACUGCCGAAACCUGGCAAGCACUCAUACUCUCGCAAGAGGGAUCGUUCAACGAAGAAGACGACUAUGACGCCAAUGGCGACCCGCGUCCUGCACACGGCGAUCUGUACGCAAGUCUCAUGUUCUUGAUGAAUCCUAACCCGCCAGACCGGCCUAUGCGACUGCUAUGGCAUUCGUCCUUUGCGUGUCUCAUGCUCAUCACGCAAAUUUUGAUGAUGAUUCGUGACCUUACUUUAGCAAGUUCGUUCUUGUACAACAACGUGCGAUGUGGCGAGUCCAAGAACAAUCUGUCAAUCAUUUCAGAAGCUAGUCGAACGUCAAUUAUGCAAGCUCUGAAUGCCUUGUCAGACAUCAUGCGCAAGCCAUCUCUUCCCGGGCUAUGCCCUGUUACCAACCCUCCGGAUGAAUCUGACUCUGUAGAGUCCAGCCUAUGGAGUAAUGUCUGGAUCGUAUGGCAUUAUGCUGCCAUGAACCUUACUCACCAAGAGUCGUUACUCACGAGUGGCAUCGUCGAGUAUAGCCUGCCAUCUGCUGUGUCAACGUGUUGGGAGCUUGGCAAGCCUCGUGUCAAGCAGCAUCGAGAUGUGUAUGAAGAUAGAGAUGUCACGCGAGUCGCGAGUAGUUUGGAGAGCAUUCUGAUGCUUCUUUCUCGCGAUAAUAGACCCAUCGGUCUCAACUUCCAGUUGAAUUCUGGACGUUCUGCCAUGAUAAUCGAAGAUCCAUUCAUCACCAUGAUAGGUUAUAAGGCUUGUCUGCUGGGCUGGCGUAUAGUACGUUUGAUGGCCGUAAGCCUGCAGACCAGCUCGGCGUCUUUCGGCAUUCAAGCAUCUAGCAUCUACGCCAUGUCUGCUCGUGUCAUUCUCACUGGAAUACUAGCCGCCAUCCGCCCAGAUAUUAUAUAUGGUGAUCAAAGAGGUCUCUGGGAGCAGGCAGCGACGGUUGAUGACGCUGAAUCUAGAUACUUGGCGUGGAUGGAGGCAACGUUCUCGGCUAGAGAUAUAUGGCCACCUAGUAAAUGGAUUGUUGCGGUAUUUCAUGAGAGUAGACAGGAGACUAGGUAAAAAGACUCGAACUGUUCCGUCGUGUAGACUUAUAUUCUAUUAACUAGUAGACAGCGUCACUUUAUCCGUCUCUAAUCUUUUGCUAAAUUUGGUCUAAUUUGAGAUGAUUUACAAGCGAUGAAGG